AUGGAGAAUGAUCAAUCAUUGAACACGAUCAGACCUUCUGAUCCAUCCGUAGAAGCCCAGAUUCAAGCUCUGGAUCUACUUUCUGCAAGGCUCAAGCGCUUAACAGAUCAGACGAGAUGGCCUGCAAGGGUUCCUCUGAAUGCGAAAGCGAGUUUGGGAGGUCAGGUCGUACAUACAAACGAUGUCAAGGUCAAUAUCGGAGCGGGAUACUGGGUCGGUAUGACGGCUCAGGAGGCUUCCGAAUGGGUCCAGAGGCGAAAAACAGAUAUGUUGUUUGAACACGCUAGGAGAAUGGAGGGAAGACCAAAUGUAUCUGGUCAGAGACACACGACGAUAUCUUCUGGUCCUCUUUCUUCCUCUCUGCCGCUCUCCCUGCCACUUCAGCUCAACCCAAUCUUUUCGACAUCCAUCGCUGGACCAUACAAAGCUAGGUCAUCUCCACCGCCCGCAAGUUUACCGACCGGUCAGACUACGGGACGGUUGGAUCCCGUUGGCCGGAUGACAGUCGUCAAUGAUAAAGACAAUGACGAGGAAGAGGCAGAAGGAGAUUCUCUCAGCGGUUCGACCUUGGGGUCGGCGCCAAACAGUGGCUCUGGACAGGGUGGAAUCCUUGCCGAUGUUGUACAAGAUUUCGUCGAGGCUCAGAAGUUACAAGCUGGUACCAGGAGGGAUGGACAAGAAUCAGUGCUCGUCAAUGAGGAAGGGCUACCGAUACAUGAGAUCCGUGAAGGGUUAGACGGAUCAACGUUAGGUGAUCCACCGCCGUCGAUGAUCGGAGGUGAUCCCUUGCCAGACUUUCCGCCGCCAGAGGAGAAGGAAGAUUACUGGUCCGAAGAUGCCAAGGCGCGCCGUGCGGCUCUCAGAAGAAAAGUCUUCAAUGAGGGAACAGAUUCGGACGAUGAUUCCGAUGCCGACACAGCUCUGGCUAAGGAACAAGUCACACCUGAUGCCUCUGCCAAGCCGUCACCGUCACUCUCUCCUGGACCGCACUCUCCUGCUCGCCCAUCCCUCGUACCUACUCCCUCAGCAUCUACACCAGGCCCUACCAGAUCCAUACUAAAGCCUCAAGUUCGAAAGAAAUCAGUGACGUUUGACGAUUCUGUGCCUCUACCAUCACCAGAUUCACCCGACUCCAAGACAAUCCAUGCUGGUGGAAUGGGCUUUCCAUUACCAAUCCAUGAUGUCAGUGAUGAAAGGACCUAUGGAGAAUUCCAAGUCGCACCUGUACCCAUGCUGAAUCAGCCGACUGCUCCGAAAAAGGGAACAAGUGGGACCGGGGCAUUCGCAGGGUUCAGACCUGGCUUCUUGUCUUCUCGUAAACCGAUUGUAGCACAGUCAGCUGCGGGAGAGGUCGCUGAACCUGUGGGGCAGACUCCCAAACCGAAGCAGAGUUUGUUCGCUCAAAGAAGGGCGGCAAAAACUUCCCAUGCUGAAGAGAGCCGCGGGGCCGAACCAUCAGGGUCCAACCUCCCCCUCAUGUCGAAAACACCGGGCAUGAUGUCGGUCAAGAACACGGUUGUGGAGAAGGCACCAGUACCGAGCGUACAGCCUGUUCAAUCGUUGGCCUCAUCCUCGGGGACGACUCUGAGCCCUGGAUCAACCAGCCAUUCGAGGACGGCAGAAGUGACGCAUGUCGGUGACGACAGCGACGCUCCCAUCGAGGAUAUGGACGAUGAAGAAGACAUAGAGGAGGAUGAAUACGAUCUGGACGAUGCCCUACUCGCUAGGGAGAUCGCACUAGAUUAUCAUCGCCGUCAACAGCCCAUUCGACCUCGAUCUGAACAUGACGAGGAUACGUACGACUUCGAUCACCAAGUGGAGCACCAUGAUGAAAAUGAUGAUGAUGAUGGGGGGGAGGAAGGAGCCGGAGUCAUGCUGGCUCUACCGUCCAUCUCGAAUGGACGCAUCAUCAACCCUUCACCGGACGAAUUGAGGAAAUAUGUGCGUGUGGGAAGGUUGGAGAAUGGGAACCUUGUCCUUGCUCCAGGUGAAGAAGGAUGGAGUGAUGAUGAAGAUGGGGAUGCGAAAGCGAGGCGGGAGGAAGUCAAGAGACAAUUAUUGGGUCAAUCUGGACCUACCCAACAAUCCUCCAAUGUGACAGGACGACCGCCGCCCGCGAUUCCGCCGACUAGCCGGCGCACCGUUCGUGAGAAGGAGGAUAAUAUGGGGAUGCCCCCUGCCGUUCGAACUGUCAAGGAGACCCAAUCGAUCGAGCGAAAUCGUACGGUUGAAGAAGAGACUGCAGCGCCGAAGAAAAUGUCGAGAUUCAAAGCGGCGAGAUUGGGUCUCGACGUCUAG